AAAUAGAUUGAUUCAACACUAUUUUGGUCAGUUUUAGGAAGUUAUGUCAAAGAAAACACACCAACUUUCUUGACUUCCCCAACUCCAAACAUCUCACAUUCGGAACCCGUCCCAGGAUCCUCUGCUUCCCGCCCGUGACGUCAUACCCAAGAUGGCCGCCGCUCAGAGCUGAGAUGGCUUCGCGACAGCCCAACGACAGGGGUCAGAAUGGCCCCCCUUACGAGGGGUCGCCGCCGUUCAAGCGGCACCGCCUGCCCAGCCCGUCCUCCUCGGUACGAGUCCAGCCGCCGUACUCGAACGGUCCGGAGCAGAGCCGGUUCGUCCUGGGCACCAGUCAGUAUGCUACCCCGGUGUAUGCUGUGCACGGGCAGCGAACGCACCAUGGACAGGAGCUGUCCACUGUGAGCGAGUACCGAGCGUUACCGCAGGCCCGACCGCAGGACUACACGCCUCACUAUGCCCUGCCGCAGGGCCAGCCGCCCGGGCAGAUGCGCCGCCGACCCUCGCUUCUCUCCGAGUUCCAGGGUCAUCCCGCCAGCGGCGACAGGAUACCAGACUCCCGCCACAUGUACGAGCGUAGCCACGCCUCCUACCACCUGGGCCACCACGCCCAGUCGGAGCUGUCGGAGGCCCCGCAGCACAAGCGGCCACGCCUGGCCCCCCAGGAGGGCCACGAGGGGGCCAUGGCUCGGGGCGCGGCCCACGCCAUCAGCUCGGGGGCUGAGAUGGGGUACUCAUCGGACCAUCGGAGGGGUUCGGCACUUGUUCCUAAGCUCGAGGCAGUGUCACCCUCCCGACAGCCGUCCUGUGUUGAGGAGGGUGGAGGGAAGGACUCGCCCUCCAAACUGUCGAAGGAAGAGCUGCUCCAGUCCAUGGACAGGGUGGACAGGGAGAUCGCUAAGGUGGAGCAGCAAAUCAGCAAGCUGCAGAAGAAACAGGGUGAGCUGGAGGAGAAGGCUGCUAAGCCAGACGAGCCCGAGGAAGUGGACCUGGUGCCUGAACCCAAGGAGCCGCGCCACCAGAGCAUCGUGCAGAUCAUCUAUGCUGAGAACAGGAAAAAGGCAGAGGCUGCUCACAAGAUUCUGGAAGGACUUGGUCCAAAGAUCGACCUGCCUCUCUACAACCAGCCAUCGGACACACAGGUGUAUCAUGAUAACAUCAAGACGCACCAAGCCAUGAAGAAGAAGCUCCUGCUGUACUUCAAGAGAAGGCAUCACAUGAGGAAGUUAAGGGAGCGUUACCUGUGUCAGCGUUACGACCAGUUGUUCGAGGCCUGGGAGAAACGCCUGGAGCGAAUCGAGAAUGGAUACAAGAGGAAAGCGAAAGAUGCCAAGGUGCGCGAGUUUUAUGAGAAGAUGUUUCCUGAAAUUCGUAAGCAACGAGAGCAGCAGGAACGCUUCUCCAGGGCGCAUUCACCAUGUCCGAAUGCUGUGAGUUGGGAACAACCAACGAAUCAGCGCUCAAGUUUUCGCAGCAAGGUUCAAAGCGCAAAGAACGGUGAAAGGAGGACCGGCGCUCGUGGAAGCAGUUUUGCGGCAACAGUUGCCAGGAGCGAUGCGGAGAUGGCGGAAAUCAUGGACAGCCUCAGCGAACAGGAGAACAACGAGCGCCAGAUGCGGCAGCUGGCGGUUGUGCCCCCCAUGAUGUUUGACGAGGACCAGCGAAGGAUCAAGUUCAUCAACAAGAAUGGGCUGAUCAAGGACCCCAUGAAGGAGUACAAGGAACGCCAGCUCAUCAACACUUGGACCGAGGAGGAGAAGCAGAUCUUUAAGGAGAAGUUCAUCCAGCAUCCCAAGAACUUUGCUCUCAUCGCCUCAUACCUGGACAGGAAGAGUGUCUCCGACUGUGUGCUGUACUACUAUCAAAGCAAGAAGAAUGAAAACUACAAACAGCUGAUGAGAAAACAAGCCCUGAAGCGCAAGAGGCCCUUCGGAAAAGGACAGCUUCACAGAGAAGACAAAGAUAUGGACCAAGAUGAGAAAAGCAGGGACAAAGACGAUGAUGAUGACUCUGCUGAAGAUGAUGAGAGAGAGCGACCUGAGCGCACCACCUCAAAUGAUGUGCCUGACGACGGUUCCGUCACCAAGUGCGUCAUUUGUGGCGAGAUCAUCGACAACUACAGCGAGACGCGCCCGAUCACGCGGAAUCUGGCCGAGUUCUACGGUCUUACCGAGGAGGACAUGCGCCCUGCACAUCGCAUUUGCAGCAAGUGCCGUUGUCGCUCCGUGCGCAAACGGUAUGAACUUAGCUGCCCGGUUCCGACCUGUAAGACACCCAAGAGGAAGGUGAAGAGGCUGAAGACUCUGCCCACCAAACUGAACGAGAUGCCAGCAGAGCAAAAAGAACCAGUCAUGCAGGAGUUUGGUCUGACCGAGGAAAUCAACAAAUGUUGCGCCACCUGUUUCAACCGGAUCGCGCGCCGGCUGGGCGGGGAGCCGGGCACCGGGGACGAGGACGCCAAGGAAGCCCCAAGUGCGUCUGAGCAAGUGGAGACAUCCCGCUGGACGGAAGACGAAAUGGAAGUUGCGAAGCGAGGUCUGAGCGAGCACGGUCGGGACUGGGAGGCGAUAUCCGAGAUGGUGAUGACCAAGACGCCGGCACAGUGCAAGAACUUUUACUUCAACUACAAGCGCAAGUUCAGUCUGGAGACGCUGGUCAUGGAGUACAAACGGAACAAGGCUCAGCGGGAGCGUGACAUCUCCAUCUCUGCGGAGAGCGCGGCGUCCACCCUCACUGCCGAGUCAGAAAACGAGGCGGAGUCAGAGUCUUCCAGCGAUGAGGACAACACACAGGACAACGAGGAGGAGGACAGCUCUGACACUGAGAGCGCUUCCGAAGACGGCCGUGACGAUCCCAACAAGCAGUCUGCCGAGGCCAGCAAGCCCAAACUUGAGGUCAAGGCCACUGUCGCCAGGGAGGAGCCGCCAGAGAAGAAGGCUGCUGUGCCAACUCCCUCCCUACCACCGGAGCCUCUGCCUCAAGUUAAGGUUGAGAAGGACAAGCCAGCAGAAGUGAAGGCCCUGCCGGUACCUGUGGUGGAGAUAAAGGAAGAAGACAACGACAGCAGCGCGACGUGCAGCGCAGACGAAGGAGGGGGCGAGGGGGAGGGAGUGCCUCAUCAUAGCAGCGGCAGCUUCAGUAAGAGUUCUGCUGCAGCCGUGAGCACAGCUGACGUAAAGCCGAUCAUAUCCACCAGUAGUUCGUCCGCCAGUGGCGAGCGAACAGCAGGCGUGGUCUCGGCCGGGAAGACCGUACCACCGUCUGGUAUCGCAGCAACCUUCCCCGCAACGUUCAUCCCUCCUCCGAGCACAAUGGUCACAGGGCCGCACAGGCCUUCUCUUCAACAGAUGGUGGCAAGGCAUGCACAGAUACCAGGCAUGCCACAGCUGAUUGUGACAGCAGCCCAGGAGAGUCUGCUGAUGUACCCUCGCAUGGAUCCCAGGUCCCAGGAGCAAACUGUUACCACCAGCACCACCACUGUCAAGUCCUUCAUUGAUGCAGCCAUCGAACAGAACAUGGGCAUCCCUAGCCAAGCCCUCCGGGGGCACACCGUGUCGCUCACAGGGUUUGCGGAGUCUCGGGAGCAUGGGCGAGACCGCCCGAGGUCAAGCUCGCCCCACGUGCAGCGGUCGCCAAUCACGCCUCCAUCGCGCGCCCACAUCCCCGUCACGAGCCCGCUCACCAUCGACACGCGGAUUGGGGUGGUCAUGGGCCAGCGGAGCGAGGGCCAUGAGCACGAGAAAGAGCGAGCCACCGCGUCUGCGUCCCCGAGAGUCGGCCGCCUUGCUCCCCACGGGUUGGUCCCGGUGACAGAGGGAGUCCCUCACCAGUCCUCGAUGCCGGUGCAGAGCAAGCCAGGCCUUCCUCCUCCUCCUCCCCUCAUCUCGAAAUCCUCCUCCCCGAAAGGGAAGGGGCCGCAGAUGUCCCCCCAGUCGCAGCACCCAAUGUACCACACAGGUUCCAUCACCAGGGGGAUCCCCAUGUCGUACGCGAUCCAUCCCGGUGUUGUGCCACCGCCGCCUCCAUCAAGCAGGCAGGAGGCAUCGGAAGGGAGGAGGGGGGCGAACGAAGGCUCCAUCAUCCAUGGUACUCCGAGGAAACACGACGGCCUCCUCACGGCGGGAGAGCCAAGGAGAAUCGAGGGGUCGAUCACGAGAGGCACUCCCGUUGUGUCGUACGAGAGCAACAUAUCGCGGGUGACCAUGCAAGGCGAGGGGAUGCGGAAGUACCCGGUGGUCGAGGAAGUGAGUCCACGAGGCUCGAUCACGAAAGGAACUCCCUUGAGAGCGCCGGAGGAAGUUCCCGGCGCAUCCCCGCAUCCACAGUACGAGAGACGGGAGAAAACGGGGCAGGAGAUGUUCGAAGGGCUGAUCCAGCGUGCGAUCGCCGAACCCAACAAGCAGGAUCAAAGGGGACCUGUGCCUCCUCCAGGAACAGCUAUCUACCGCGACUCCAGGGGAGUUCCCAUCCACCCCUACACUGGUGUUCCCAUCGACUACCCAGUGUCGACAGUAUACGGUGGAGCAAUGAUGCGAGGGACACCCACAUCCCGAGCAGGAUCCAUCACACAAGGCACGCCGAUGCACCACUCUGAGGGUGUGAACAGAGCACUGCAGGUCGACACCCUGUCACGAUCGUCGCCCGGGAGAGCGGAGCAUCCUGCACACCCUGAGAGCAGACGCGAUGGGCCGUACAUCCAGGGGACCCCGGGUCGGUCCGACAGCCCGGCACGGCGGAGAAGCACUCCACUGAAGGACGAGAGUCCCUCGCCGAGAAUGGAGCCGUCCCUGUCGCGCAGCACGCCCACGGUUAUCCACGAGGGCGCUCUGAGGAUGGCGUACGACCGGGAGCGAUAUGAGGCUGCCCACCGCGCCGCCAUGGAAGCCAAGAAGUCUCCUGCUGAGAUGGACAAGCCGAUGAAAUCCCCUGCUGGAAAGCUGGAGCCUGGGUCCAUCACAAGGGGAACCCCGCUGUACCACGGGAGAGACCGCCCGCCAUCCUCCGGCCCUGACAUCGCCCGUAGCCCGCGUGAGAGCGCAAGCUCGGGAGCGAUCGACCUGACGCGCGAUUCGCCGGUGGACAUGUCGACGCGCCCCGGGCGAGAGCCUCACGGAGGCAUGCCGUACCAGGGAAGAACGCGGAAGUCCCCGCUACCCGGCUACGUGAGUCCGUACCAGGGGAUGGCCGAAACACGAGCGACGCUCAUGGCGGAUUUUCUCACCUCGCAGCAGAUGAGCGCGGCGCACGCCGAGCAGACCCGCUCGCGGGAACGGCCGGUCGAGUACCCUAAGGAGGCACGCCACUCUCCCCGCAGCCCGAGAGACAAGCGGUACUCGCCCCAACAGCACCGCCCGCCCAUGGAGCAUCCAGUCCACCACCCGGGCAUGUUCCCGCACCCCCCAGGGAUGGCCCCAGGGAUGAUCACCGACCCACAGGGAAGGGUCAUGUUCGUGUACCCGGGGAUGUUCCCCUACAUCACCGACGGAUCCUCCCUUAUGCAAAGGUCCAGUGCCAGCACCCCGCCGGUCUCAGUGGAGGGUUAUCAGUACCCGCUGUCCGCAUCCUGGCCUCAGAUCCGGCCAGGAAUGCCGGCACAGGUGAUUCCGGGGUACCCAGUCCCCCCGCAGCACUCACAGGUCAGCCGGCAGAACGUGAUCCAGCACAGCGCGGCCCACUUUGACAGCGGGGGAGGCGGCUCCAUCACGCAGGGCACCCCCAUCAAGCCUCCCGUGUCCGGUUCAGAGGUCACGUCCAGCACCUCGCGGCCAGGGGAGGGGCCUCGGAGCGCCAUGACUCCCCCGCGGUCAGCCAGCAGGAGCAGUGCCCCGCCCCAGUCUCCGGAGAAGGGCCACCAUGUGGUCCCUGGUUACCCCAUGAUGAUGGAGUCACAGCAGGACCGCAGGGAGAAGGGCCACCACGUGGUCCCCGGCUACCCCAUGAUGAUAGACGCGCAGCAGGACCGCAGGUCACACGUCCGCCGACCCUCGGAGCCCGAGCGACUUCCGCCCCAGGCCACCGUCCACCCGCAGAAACGAGCCGACCCACACUCCGCAGACAGGAAUCCUCGCGAGUCCCCGCUGAUGAAGUACAGACAGGAGAUGGUGCGCGCCGGGAGAGAGCCGCAAGAAGGGAGAAGCUCCCGUUCACACACUCCAGGCAGCACCGAGCAGCCGGCAAAAUCGCCCAUCACAUCUCCGUCGCAGAUCCUAUCGAUUUCGUUCGAGAAGGACAAGCCUCCCGAGCAGCCCCCGCCCCAGGGGGGCCAGGGUCCUCUUACAGCAGCCAACCUCAUCGACGCCAUCAUCACUCACCAGAUAAACUCGUCGGCCACGAUAUCGGGUGACAACAGGAAGGAGUCGUCAAAUGAUUCACAAGAAAGCGCCUCGCGUGGCCCUCCCCGGGGCCGUGUGUCCCCCGCGCCGCGCCCGAGCCAUACACCCCUGCAGGGGGAGGGUGGGCGUAUCCGUGCCCCCGUGUGGCAGCUUCCCGAGGCCGACCACGGGUCGUCGCGGGAACAACAGCAGAACCACGGGCGGAGGGAGAGCCAGGAGAGCUCGUCCCAGGAGGGUCCUCCCGGGAACCACUACGGGCCGGGGAGAAACACCGCCCACGCCGACAGCACCACUAACAGGGCGACGAAAGUGCAGCAGAUCACCCUGGGCGAGCACAUCUCAAAUAUCAUCCACCAAGACUACAGCCAGAGGCCUGGCCAGAACCCUAGCCCAGCGCCCAAUCCUUUACAUCGUCCGCAGUCGACCUCCAGCCUGAGCCGGUCCCCGGCGGCAAAGGAAAGGGAGGCGGCCAUGCAGAGGUCGAGGACUCCGGACGCGCGCUGCAGCUCCGACUCCUCCAGGAGCAACAUCGACGUGGAGCCGAUCUCUCCGCCAGCCGGCGACAGCCAGGACUCGCAGCCCGGCUCGGAGCAGUGGCAGCCGCGCCCGCAGGACGUCCCCCCCAGAAGCCAACAGCAGCAGCAGCCUCCGUACGGUCGUCCACCUCCCAGCGGGCCCGGCGCUGGCCAGGCUUGGGGUGGAGGGGCCAAACGUUCAUCCCCUAGAGUCGGCACCAACCUGGAGGACAUCAUCCGCAAGGCUCUGAUGGGAGAUGAUGAGGAGAAUGAGGGGGAUCCUCCUCCUCAGCAGCAACAGCAGCCCAGGCCGAGCUCCACCCACUCCUACGGGCAGCAGAUCCACCAGGUCUCCUCUGCGUCAUCCCCGAGGGACGGCUCGAUGCAGAGCCGCAUCCUGCGCCAGCGCAACGACAGCGAGACGGAGACCGAGUCGGAAACGGAGACCAAAGAGGCCCCCGUGGCAGACCGGAGCCGGUCGCCACGCAGCUACCCUCCGAAGAAGAAGCACACCAUGUCCGAGGUGGCUUCCCCGCGCGGCCGCCCGGAUAUGCCUGGUCCACCAGACAUGUCAGCGGCGCAGAAAGCGGAGAUGGGAGCAGGCGGGCGGUUGCCGUCCACAGGCAGUGAACGCUCCAGGCUAUCCAGCGCAGCCACGCCUCCUCGGUCCAGCCCUCGCCCUUCCUCCGCCGACGCACCGAGCGCGUCCUAUCCCUUCUCGGCGCUCUUCCUGAGGGGAUCCAUGGGCCCGUCCUCAUCCCCUCUCCCUCCAACCUCCUCCGCAACACAACAGGGUCUGCCCCCGACGUCCGGUGGCGAGAUCGCCCACGAAGCCGCGCAGAGGACAGCCCCGUCCCCGGCCACCUCAGCCCGACACGACGGCGAGCCGGCGCCUCUGUUGUCAUCCCAGUACGAGCCUCUGUCCGACACCGAUGAGGAAUCAUGAACUGGCAUGAAAGACCACGCCAAUCUAUAGUUUCCUGGUUCUCGAAUGUUAGAAUAUAGAAUAGAAUUUCAAAACGAAAAAAAAAAAAGAGUCGUAGGAAAAAGUCUUUAGCUUCGUUUCUGCCAGGAUAUGAAUACGACUUGUUGUGUUAUCCAGUAUUUGAUUGUAAAGUAAUGCUGCGGUGGUCCCAGACACUCAGUAUCAAUUCAUGAUUUCUCUGGUCUACGAAGACCACUGUUGUCUGGAAUGACAUCGACACGUUCAAGAUGCCCAUACCACCGGAGUCGGCAUGAUCAAAGCACUUUGGUGGCAUUCUAAAAAAAAAUCAGAUUUAAGUAAACGUUUUCAGACGGCUUAGGUUAUCUUCUUGUCCUUUUACCGAAUUUGACCAGGAGGACCAGGAAUAUAAAUUGGUGUGGCCUUAAAGUAGAUAUUGACCUUUGUGGCUCUUAGAUAAUGUCCAGUUUAAUAGAAAAUAGGGGAAAGAAAAAAUAAACAUGCUACUUAUUAUUGUACCAACAUUAUGCUGUAUAUUUUUAAGCUUUACUAUAUAUAUCUAUAUAUAAGAGUGUAUUUGUAGUACAUAACUAACAUUUGUAUUGCGUGUUGCUGACUUAUUAAGGUAUCUACUACUAGUUAACUAUGUGAAUAAAAUGAAUCAAUCUUUGUUCAAAAGGAAAAUGCACCACGUAAAUUUUGAAUAGAAAGGGUGGUCAGAAAAUUUUUUUUGUCUUGGUGCGUAUCGCUGUGAAACCUCGAUGACCUGAGCGGAGUGCAAAGAAUACAGGGUCGGAGUUACUACCAUGUAGAUGUAAAUAAGAGAAAGCCAUAGUAUUGAUUGUGCAUUUUAUGGUCAGUUGACGGUUAAGCUGUCGGUAUAUUCGCGAUGUAUUUUGAUUCGGUUAAGUGGCAAUUUCUGCACUUGGAAGAUUUGGAACAGUGUAGUUGGUGAGUCUUUCAAAACAUUUUCAGCAGUGGUUCGGUUAAAUGGAAACACAAAUCCACCUCCCAUGUUAGGAGAUUGAAGAUUAAGCCCAUAGAAUUUUCUCACAUUUUACCAUUUUCCGAAUCACUUGUAUGACGAGCAUUUGAGCAGAUAUGAUACAACGGCCAGUGCCCAGAAAUUCAUUCGGGCUAUUGUGGUCGACUGUACAGAAAUGUAAAAAUACGGCAAAUUAAAGAAAAAAAAUCAACUCAGCAUUUUUCAGAACCUAUUAUAAGUCGCACCUCUAGAAAUGACGAAGCUUUGCAUUGAUCUAUAGAAAAUCCUGUGAACUCGGUCUGUAAGCAAGGUUAUUGACAUUUAUGUACAUGAUUUAUACCUAAUAAUAGUAUACAAUAUUGCCAUCCUGUUAAAUGAUUGGAUCAACUUUCAAAAACCUAAGUCGAAUAGUUGUCAAUUAACUGUUGUGCUGCAAGAAUUAAAUUUGAUUUUACCGCAAGUCUACAAUUCAAGACAAAUGUUUGAAAACCCUGUAUUCGCUCUAUACACAUUUGUUUAAAUGGUAAAAACUACAUUGUACUUUUUGGCUGCUUAAAUGAAGUAUUUAUGUAUUAGUCUAGUUUAUCACAAUUGGCUUGUAAAUGAGCAAACUAAUUAGGUAAGUUUGUAGGUCACUUUUCAAGAAAAUGGUAAAACUGUGUAAUCGUGUAGCUUACAGACUACAGAUAGUCUCUAAUCAUUUAUAUGUACUGUCCUUAUAUAUAGCUGGCCAAAUCGUAGUGCCAAUGCGUUAACUUGGUGUAUUUUUGAAGGCUAUGGGAUGUCACUGCACCAACCGUCAACUGUUUUAGGUUGACGAUUUCUCCUUAAUUCUAUCCUUAAUCAUUAGUAUACAGUUACAGUAGAAGCCAGUUAAUUGCACAACGGAUUAACGCACACUUCUGUUAACUGCACGGAAUCCCCAAAUCCCAAACCAGUGCGGUCCAGCUGAAUAACUUCGCAUAAUUGCACCAGCCGGAUAACUGCACGAAAUUCACUGACAAAUAGACCGUGCAAUUAAGCAGCUUCUACUGUACUGAUAUUUGUCUCUUAUCUAGUGCAUUGUUUAAAAGCUGUUGCUCAGCUAAGGCGCAAUGGUUUGAUUUCAUGAUUCUCGGUUUUGCCAAGCAAGGAAAAUAUACAUACAGACAUCCUGUGAUGCUCCUGUACCACAGGAGCCUGUUGGAUAGUAUUUCAAAAUUAUUAGGAAGACAAAUAUUUUCUUCAGUUGGUGGUGCCAAUAUAUUAUCGUUUUUGUGCUGAUACAUGUCUUAAAACGUACACUUGCUGUUUUUCGUCAAAACAAAAAAUAAAACAAGGCAAAUCCGAGCGGCAAGAAUUGAGUUAUUGUGGCCACUGCUUAUCAUACUUGUAUCAAAGGUAUUUUGUGAUAAUGUGAACAUUGACAAACACUUCCAAUGUAGCGAGCACUAUGUUCUCUGGUGUGUUUUCAAUUAUUGUUCAAUAUUUACGUGCACAUUAAGCACUGACCAAGUCACUGCCAGUAAUUGCUAUAAGGUCGUGUAAAGUUCCUUGCUUUAAAUUAAGUACAAGCAUAUAUAAAGCGAUAGUAACCCAUUGCUUUUCCGUUUAUUUUUGCGGAUUUCCUCCGUUUUAAAAGUAGCAUGAUCUUUGUAUAACCACUACGUAUUUGCUGUGUUUAAUUUUAUCACUUCUAUUAGAAUUAUGAAAGUUAACCAGGGGUAUUUUGGUGAGUGCACGUGUUGAAACGUGCGGAAUACGAAUUGUCUGAAACACCCAAUUUUUCACGACCAUCUAUUUAAUGUACGUGGUGCCUUGCAAAUUGCUUCGUGUAUAAAAUGUCUUCGUGAUCUCUGUAUCUCUAAAAUCGGUGUGGAAUUUUGAGAAGACCACUUCCGUGGAAUGACAGUUGGUCAUACAAAAAUAAAAAUGUAUAUGGACGAAAUUAUGUCAACUCAUGUGACAUGUAUACAACGACUACGCUUUAAACACAUUGUGGUUUGUUUAGUUAAUUGUUAUCUUACAAAUGUAGGUGCUUCUUUGCUUGUAAAGAUACAACAAUGACUGCUUUCGUGUAUCCCUGUAACGUCACAUUGGAACAAUGUUGAAUAUAGAAGCUUGUCAACACU